AUGGGUUUCCUGGUGAAAUGGUGUGCGUGGAUUAAAGGUAUUCUUGAAUCGGCUAGGUUCUCUAUAUUGGUCAAUGGUUCUCCGACUUUCGAGUUUCAAUGCUCGAUAGGGAUCAGGCAAGAAGAUCCUUUAACCCCUUUCUUAUUUAUCAUCGUAAUGGAGGCUUUAUCGUGUAUGACUGAAAAAGCUAAGGGCGUGGGGACCGUGGUUGGUAUUCAAACUCCCCUACAUGGGCCGAUGGUGUCCCAUCUAUUCUAUGCUGACGACGCUAUCCUUAUAGGUGAGCAGUUUAAAGAUAACAUAUCCAAUGUUAUUCGAAUACUUUGGGUGUUUCACAUUUGUUCCGGGCUAAAGAUAACUAUUUUCAAAUCUAACCUAUACGCGAUCAGAGUGGGAAAUUCAGAGUUAAAAACCAUGGCAGAUCUUAUUGGGUGUCAAGUUGAUGAAGUUCCUUUCAAGUAUCUCGGUCUAUGGGUUGGUGCUAAUAUGAAUCGGGUCGCAAACUGGAAACCGAUGUAUGACAUCUUUGAGGCUAGACUUUCUAAAUGGAAUGCGUCGACGUUAUCGAUUGGUGGUAGAAUUUUUUUUAACUCCUGUGCAAGUUAUCAAGGACUUGGAAGCUAG